GUCAGAGUGGGGCGCAGAGCGUGAGGUCCCACAGCAUCACUGCGCCGGUGGGUGCUUGGCUUUCCCAGGCAGCGCAGGUGCCUGCAUGGCCGAAGGCAGAAUUCGUUGUGGGGUUUGUGUGAAGUGCUGAUGGCAGGCGUAACAGAAAAGAAGUUAUUAUGGACCAACUUUACAGGAUUUCCUUGACACUGCACUGGAAACUGGAAAGAAGGCAGUGAGGACUGGCCUGUAGGCCGGCACCUUCAACUUUUGCACCCAAUCAGACCAUUUGCCUUCAGGCUCCAAUCCUAAGUUUAGAGCAACCUCUAUGUUGGACUAGGUUCUCCAGCCAAGCAGAAAGCUUCUAAUGCAGCUUUAACUAAAGAUGACUUCCUUGUUCACUCAAGAAAUUCGCCUGUCUAAAAGACAUGAAGAAAUAGUAUCGAAAAGAGUAAAGUCACUUCAACAAAUGAAGAGUAAAUUUAGAGAUAAAAACAAGGAAAAGGCAUCUCAGAUUCAAGCAGCUGAAGCUGCAUUUGAAAGGAACCUUAGUCUUUUAAAGGACAUAGAAAGAGCAGAAAAGUUUCUACAGGCCUGGAUUCAGCCAUUUCCACCACCUGAGGUGGUUUCUCUUGAGACUCUUUACUGGGCAUCAGUAGAAGAAUAUAUUCCCAAAUGGGAGCAGUUUCUUUUAGGAAGAGCACCAUAUCCUAUUGGUGUUGAAAAUCAAAAUGAAGCAGAAAAGGAAGCAGAAGUUAAGGCACAGCAAUAACUUCUUCACAUAUUGUUUUUAAAAAACCUGCUUAGUAAAGCUGGAUACUAAAGAAUAUGCAGGUCACUGCAGGAAUUUUAGGAAUCUAAUAUAUUCAUGUUGUUCCAUUAACUCCUCAAUGACAAAGACAUGAGAAUCUACUGGCAAGUCUUGGGUUGCCCCUUAGAGACCUACGACUAUUUCAAGGUCAUGCAUUCGCUUUCUAUCAGUCUCCUGCAAGUAUUAAAAACUAACAUUGAAAGGUGGACUGUUUAUUCAAUAAAUUGCUAAAUGUUGUGUGUUGUUUUAAAAAAAAUCACUUAGUCAUUUUCAUCUAAACAGUGAAUACCAGCUCUUCUGAUUUUUUAUUUUGUAGAAUCUUUGCUUUUCAGUUAUUUUAGUAUAAAGGCAAGGCACAGGAUCGAAGUGAUUGUUUGCUCACCAUUUUAGUUUCUUUUAACAAAUGAAAAGACAGUCACACUUAACUGCUUUAGUAUAAUAAUAUUCUAUCAGAAAAUAGAUUCAGAGAAUUUUGUUCCUUAGAAAUAACCGGUUGUAGGAAACAACCAAAACAAAGCAUUUGUUAAGUAGUCAGUUUCAGCAAGGCCCCGACUGGUUCUGAAAAAGGAUACCUAUUAAAGCUGGAGAUGGUUAUUGGAUUUUGACUUGUCAACCCUGUGAGUGCAAAUAACUCCUCUGUUAUUUUUUUAUCUUUAAACUUGCCCUUCCCUCUCCCUUCUGUUUUCAUUAUUUCUGAAGCAACUGUCAAUCAGAAAGCUUUGGGUCAGAACCCUACACAGCCCUGAGAUUCUUCAGUGCACUGCUGCCUGAACAUUCACAAAAAUUAUCCUUUUCGAACUAUGUAGGCAGGUCCUACUGAUAAGAGAGUCUAUGCUACGUUACAAUGAAAGAUUUUAUAUUCCAAACUGGUUUGUGUUUUUUAAAGAAGGUAAUAGGAGAACUAAAACAAAAUUGAAAUGUUCAUUGUGUUAGGUUUCUUUAAACUAUCAUUUUGGAAAUACCCUAUUGAGUGGGUUCUGGUGUGGAUAACAAUAAUGUUUUCAUAAUAUGUGCUGGCAGACUAGCAUACUUCUUUACAGUUUUAACAGUUGUAAUUAAGGAAUAAACAGCACAGAGUGUCAGUCCGAUGACAAUUUCAUCUAUGGUGUCACAAUACAAAAUGUCACAAAAUAUUAGAACUGUUAUAUAACUAUAAAAAGUAUCAGCUUAAAGGCUGAGAGCCUUUUGAAAAGACAGAGAAAAGAAGAAAAAAGAAAACUGGCAUAGAGACCAGAAAAAAUUUAUACCUUCUCAAGAAUGUUCUGUCAUGAAAAUAAAUUGAUAAUUUUUUCCUGUUACAUUACAGUUUGGUUUCUAGCCAUCCAGUUGAUUUAGCAGGAGAAUGCAGUGCCUUUUAGCAGCUUUGAAUUGGUAAACAGAUUUAGAUGUAGUAGAAAGGAACAUGAGGAAGUUUUUUUUUUAACAUCCAAUCUUUCCCAGCAUAUGCACAUAAGAAGGUGAAUGAAGCAAUGUGAAACUUAUUUCUCUUUAGUCAAAUGAAAAAAAGGCUAAACAUUUGUUGAGAUGGUAAAAUAUUGUGUCAAGCAAGUAGGCACAUUCCAAAAUUAAACAGUGGUUGAUAUGUUAACGUCCUCAAAUAUUUGAGCAUACACUUCCUUUGAGUUCUGUAAAUUAAAUCACCAGUAGGUUAGAUUAAAAUACAAAAUGAAUAGCAAUUUCACCAUCUCAAAAAAGGUUCAGGAUUUUUCUCCCCUAACCUAACUUGCUAAAUAGUUUUUAAAGAAAAUGGAGACAACUGUACUUGAACAACAAUAAAAAACAAAAUAAAAUAAAGAAUGCUUAAGUUUAACAUACUCUGGGUUAGGAUUUAGGGCAAAAGGGAAGGUUUCUCUAGGUUUUAGCUGGAUCAUUUCUCCCAUUUCUAGUUAAUACCUUAAAAACUCCCAGAGAUGACUUUAUUCCUGGCCCCUACAGAGCUUUCUCCACUCCUCCCUCCGUAUAGACUGGAACAGAUUGCACCACAUGGUGUGUGUGUGUGUGUAAUUUCUGUAGGGAUAUGGAUACCCCACCAAAGGUCUUUAUAUUCCUUGUGGCAUAUUAGCUUUACAUGGGAAUUUCCAAAUAUUGUUUUCUUAAGGAGAGGCAAAAUACCAUGUCUAAUAUAUAUUUUAGUACACAAUUAGUAGUAAUCAAACAGGAAAAAAAAUACCAUCUACUCAUACCUUCCCACCUCUAAUUUAGUCCUCUUUCUAUAUGCUACAUUUUACCUACUAUUUAUCCUUCAUGAAAACUAUGAAUUCAUAAUUUUUUAGGGUAAUUGGGUUUUCAAAAUAAGGGCCAUUUCAAGAAUUCGUUUCUACAGCCUUACUUAAAUUGUUGCAAAUCUAUAGUCAAAGUUCAUUUUCUGCUGAAACACUUCUAGUAUAUGGGAUUAUUAAGCUAUGAAAUGCAUCAGAAAGUGCUGCAGUUUGUUUUUCCGAACUUCAAAAAUUAAAUUUUGAAGUACUAAGGAAAAAGCCUAAUAUUCUGGAAACCAGACCUCUGGUCUUCCUUGUGUGUAAGGAGCAGUGUGAAUGAAAUACCAGGCAAACCAACAGUUAUUCUCUGCAUUGUGUACAAGGUGUUUUAACUGGUUACCUUAAGACUUAGAUGAGAAUACUAAUCUUUUACUUUCUUUACAAUUUUGUCUUCUCUGCCUCAUUUCCCUUUCUAUCAAACAAAAUAAUAAUAAUAAGGUGGAUAUGUGGAUAUAUUUUUAAUCAAAAUUAAACUUAUUUGGAGGUUAUUUUAGUACUUCUGAAAUCACUGGAGACAGACUGAGGAUGAGGUGAGUCUGGGUUAGAUGAAAAACCAGAGUUUGCAAUCACCAUUUUUAGACAACAGGAAGAUAUUAAGCUUUAAAACCACUGUGAGUAUAAAAUUUGAUGCAUAAGGCCAUGAAUUUGACUUAUCUACUUAACAGUUUAUUUUCCUUCCUUACUCUAUUAAUGUCUUUUUACUCUAAGUCAAUUCAUACCAUUUUAUGUUAUAUUUUUUGUAAGUCUGUUAUUCAAAACAUUGUUUUAAAUUCCCUGAAGAGUUUCUUCCCUCUUUUUAAGAAUUGCCCAAAUAUAAUAGUCACCAUGGCUUAAAUGACACUUCAUUUCAAUAGUCUAUUUUGACCUCUUCCACUUUAAUUAGGUUCCUGACCAAAAUCUACACUUCAGAGAAGUGUAAAUUUUAUCAGAGAAGAUAAAAACUACAUGGUGAGUUCAAACAGGAAAAAAAGGGUUGAAAAUAUGGAGAAGGGAAAAAAUUAACUUUUUGAAGGCUUGGAGUUGGAGCAAGGGUCUUUCUCUGUCUGUCUGUCUGUUUGACUCUCACUGGUGGUGGUUUUGUUUCUUUUAUAAUUUAGAAGUUAAUUUGUCUUCAUAGGAAAUUUAAUUCCCUAUUGUUCAUAAAAAGAACAUUUACAGUUUCCUGGGGCAAACAUGGGGAUGUGUCAAACUUCAGCAAUUAAGGAGAGGAUUGAUUGGUGGAAUUGACACCUGGCAUUGUGAUCCCCUUUCUGACUAGAACGGAGAUUAUAUCCCUACUAAAAUCCAAGAUGAGGAAAAUGACUACAACAAAGACAGAGACUAAAAAAUGCUUCCGGACAUCAUCUCACCUCUCAGAGUCAAGUUUCCUUGCUUACAAGAAAAUGGACCAGGUCCCCUACCUUAUAAUAAUGUUUUAAAGUUCUUGCUAUUUUAAGAACUCUUAAUUUGUGUUUCAGACAAAUACUGAGCCCCAGCUAAAGUAGUGUCUAGAUUGACUGUGAUACAAAUUAACAGUGAAUUGAGGGGAAAGAGUGAAGUGUUCUUAUUUUAGAAAGUGAUGAUUGAGUUUGUUUCUAUCUUUUUUAUGAUAAUUGGAUCAUUUAACCUCUACUGUUAAGGUCAAAGUGUUCUUUAUUAUUCCUUCCUAAGUCAAGGUCAUCAAAGUAUGAGUUUAAUGUUUUGUACAAUUCUACUUUGGGGACAACACAGUCAAAUUAAAGGGAGACAAAAUUGUAUUUAUGUAUUUUCUGUAGCCCAUCUCUAUCUUUUUAUAUUUCCCAAUACAACAUAAUUAUUUUUCAUACUAUUUAUAAACUCUAUAACAUUUAUCAACAUACUAUUGUAGUAGACUGCUCUACCAGAAAAAGAAAUACUCAGAUGUUCAAAAGAAGCAAAAUCUAAAACCUUUUAAAAUAGAGGUGGAUAACAUUCAAGCACUAUUCAUUCAUUCAGCAGGUCUUACUGACUGCCUACUCUGUACAAGGACCAGUUGUAAGCACCAAGAAUAUAGCAGUAAACAGAACACCACCCUCCCCAAAAAAUUCAUGUUCUCAUGGGAUUUAUGUUUUGAAGGGGGCAGUGGGUGGAGGGGGUUGAGAAAGUAGUGAUAAAAAAAGGUAAUAUUUGAUAUAUUAAAUGGUGACAAAGUCUAUUAUAGUAUGAAUAUCUAAAGUGUUUUCUUAGUGCAAGAAAACAAAGCAGUUUUUGUAGUUUCUCAGAAAAUAUGACUAAAACAAAGUGGCUUUUUUCCCUAUUCAAAGAUCUUGACUGGGGAGUUUCCAGUAAAGCAACGUUUUCUCUGCUAGUAUUAGAUUGGCCAAAAAGUCUGUUUAGUUUUUUCCCUAAAAUAAAAGACAUAUUUUUUCAUCUUCACCAAUAACUUUAUGGAUUUGAAUAUUUUGAGCAUGUUGGCUGUCUUCCAUGUGUUAUGAUGUUGAUAGUUCUCAAUAAUGUCUCAAUUUGAUUGCUAUCAACUUCAACUGAUCUACUUCAUUGUAGAGCAUCUUCAAGGG